AUGUGGCGCAGUGACCCAGAAGUGGGUCUUGGCCUUCGAGACCAGAACAUGCCUCUUUUCCCUGUUCUGCGCAAGCUCUCUCCAGUUGUCGUCAGCUUGAAGCGCUCGCAGGUCAGCUACCACCCGAUCGCUCCAGAGCGAGUCCGGCACUGGCAAGGUAAUAUACGGCGCGCGCAGCACGAGGAAGGAAACGGCAUUACCAUACGACGUCCGCCAGGAACAAGCCGGCAAGUGCCCGCCGCCGCUUUGAUACCGAAUAACGCAUGA